UGUUGGUGAAAAUGUUGGAUAAAACGUUGCCGAUUGGUUGGUUUAAAAAGAAGUUUUUGACAGACAUCAGUGACUGUUAUUUUAUUUCGUGUUUGGUGUUUUUGAAAAGUGCGAAAAAUGAGUCGUCUAACGAAAAUUUGUGAAGGCUUUGCAAAAGAUGAAAACGGGAAAACUCACACAUUACCCAUGCAAUUGCUUCCGACUCAAAACGUUGCAAGUACUUCGUCAACAAAAAAAGGCGAAGAAAAAAUCACCACAAUUAAAAGAAAAUUCUUCCCUAUUGAGAGAUUGCAAUUGGAUAUCAUCGAUUUUGAAAAAUCUCCGAAAAAGCGUAAAAUAGAAAGACCAGUUUGCAAACAACUAUUUAAAGCACCUAAAAAUUCGACAGAAAGAAGGUUUUCUUAUAAAAGUCGACAGUCUCUCACCAAAAAGGCAAAUUCCUCUAAAAGGAUGUCGACACUACGGGUUCCAAAGAGCAACAAAGACAAUAUUAAUGAUGGGUCACCUUUAAUUAAUGCCGACGAAGCUGAAAAACUGUUAUCUCGGAACAAAAAGUUUAUUUCGCCAAACCCAAAAACUGUCUUUCCACUUUCAACAAAAAGUAAUAAAAUUGAAUCUCAUACUGAAAAAAAACUGUCUACCCCUUCCCAGGCUUUGUCAAAUUUUUCAUCGCCAAUUCGUGAUGAUUCAACAGAUUGUGAAGACAGAGAAUUUUCGUUUUUAGAAAAGCAAUUAGCUUCAACCAAAAAAUCUUUUAAAAAUAGUAGCUAUAAUACGUCGCCAAUGACUUCAGUGUGUUCCUUAUUAGAAAGUACAAAAAUAACUAAUUCUGUUCAAAAAACGAAUUCAAUCGAGGAUAAGAUAAAGGCUUUAUUAAAAGAAGAUGAAGAGGCAUUCCAGCAGUAUGUUCUGGGACGUCAAACUAGGAUAAAUCGCAUAAUGGAAAUGAUGCAUGACCUUCGGGAAGAUAAGGAAAAUAAAAUUAGAAGGUCUGGUAGAAUAGCAGCAAAACAUUCUGUAAAAAAGUUUGUUACUUCACCUGCUGUGCUAAAAGAUGUGGAUUUACGAAAAUCAACGCUGAACAAAAAUUUAUCAAAGAACAUAGAAUGCAACAGUCCCACAAGAAGAGCGCUUGAUUUGUACAGCAGCAUGAGAAGUGAAUGCAUUGUUUUAUGUACCCCAAAAUUGGAGAGAAGAGAUGACGAAAUGCCGCCAAGUGUUACGAGAUCAAGAAGUUUGUCAAGGAAAAUACAAAAGCAAUGUCUACUAUUACAAGAUACUCCUAAACCGUCUUAAGUUAUUUUUGUUAUUGUAACAACUUUAAAGUGUACAUGUAUUAAUUGAAUGUGUUAAUUUUACCAAUAUUACAAUUAAUAUUUUAA